UACGAUACUCACCAUGUCCCACCAUUCUGAAACCUGUUUGCUCUCCAUAAGAGAAGCCGAUGCCCCCUCUCCCUUCUCCCAAUCUCUGCAACCAACCGAUCGCUUGAAGCGUCUGGACCACCGAUAGUCGAUGACCGUCGCUGCCGGAAUUCGAAGCAGCAUCUGGCAGAAGCAGUCUCCGUUCUAGGGUCUCGAGCAGGGAGAGAGAGAGAGAGACGGAAGAGGUGCGUAAUGGGGAAGAAGAGGAAGUCCGUGGCGAGUAGCCUGGACGAGGUAGAUCGAACGAUGUACACGACGUUCUGUAGCGCGGCGAAUUCUCUGUCGCAGCUAUACACGCAGACCAUGAGCCAGCAAAAGCUCUCCUUUCAGGCCGGAGAACGCCAUGGCCUUGAAAAGCUAUAUCAAUGGAUUUUGAGACAAGAAGAGGGAGGAUCGAGAGUGACUGCAGUUGAUAUUCUCACUUACCUGCAGAAUGAACUGGACUUUUGUGGCGAGGAUCCAUCCAUGUCCCCGAGGGUGCCCCUCCAACAUCAGCAUUCCCAGCCGACAGUGCACUUCAUGAAUUCUGGCUUCUUGGUUUCUGCAGGCUCAUCUGGCCCAACCGCUGGCCAGGGAACUCGAUCUGAGCACAUUGAUCAUCAAUCCAAAAAUUCAGUCUUCUCGAAUGCCCUUUCAAGCCCUGUUCGCCGCAGCCUUCAGCACUAUCACCUCUCUCAGGGUGGUUACAACCUAAGCAGUGGCCCUCCCUCUGCAAAUGGAGGCCGCAAUAGUGAACCCAACUUUGUUCCCCUCCAGAAUCGGGAUGCUAAUCCUCCCAGUUCCAAUGAUUCCUCAAUGGACAUGCAUGCAGACAGUCCUGGUAAUGAAUCUGCUUACUGAAAAUGCUGUUGUGGCCCCUUCUCACAAGCUUUUUGCCAUGCUCUGGACAAGUCUUGGAGGAGCUUUUGCAAGUUUAUUGCUAUGUUGAUUCACUACAGCUCCGUCAGGAAGGAGAGCAUUGAAUACCUCAUGCAAGAAUAAGUACAUGAUGCUAACGAGCUUCUGAAGCGUGUGGAGAAAGAAUAUAUUAGUAGUGCAUGCUCUCAUUGGGCAGAAUGCAUUGUCAUUGUGGUAAGCACAAAAAUGUGUCAAAAAGACUUUUGUCUCGUCCCGUCAAAUUGAUUAGUUUAUCUUGGGUCUUCUAUGUAUUACUAUUAUGUAAAGUGUUGUUCUAAAAUAGGUUAUGAAAAAUUUAUUGUGUUGCAA